AUGGCAGCGAUCACCGAAUUGUUUGAGCGGAUGAUGAUGCUCGGGUUGCCCAUGGAUAAGGUCACUGUGAUGAGCAUUCUGCCAAUUUGCACACCCCUGCAGAAUCCUUUAUUGGGUCUUUGCAUUCACGUUUACUACAUCAAACACGGUAUGGAUUCAGAUUUGUUUGUGUCUAAUGCGUUAAUUGACAUGUAUGCGAAGUUGGGUCAUUUGGAAGAAGCACAGAAGGUAUUUAAGGGAAUGGUAGAUAGAGAUUUGGUGACCUGGAAUUCUAUCAUUUCUUGCUAUGAGCAAACUGGUGAUGCUAACUCUGCACUUAAUGUCUUAAUCUAUUCAAUGAGAUGCAGCAGAGUGGCAUUCAACCUGAUCGAUUAA